AUGGCUCGUCUGAGCAGUGAUUCGCCAAAGUCCCAGAGCACCCGUGCCUCCACUCAGGUCAGGACGCGGAAAGCAACCACCGCAGCUUACUCGCCCAAUCGCCGGUCUGACGUUGUGCGAGCAUGGCAAAAGCUCCUUCGUCUGCGCUCACCAAUGCUCUACCUUGACGAACGCUUCCGCUUCCCGGCUUCGCCCUCCGUCCCAACCUUACAUUUCGGGCUGGGCUUCACGGAAGAAAACAUCUUCCACUGCGCCCGCAAACAUCAGCUACUUGAGUCGCCCUACGAUGAAGAGCAAGACGAUCCGGAGCAGGAGAACUGUCGCAUCUUCGUGGUCUUGAUGCAGGUCAAGACAUACCUUGAGCGGAAACUGAAGCGCGAGCUGUUCAUGCAGCCAGCCAUUAGCCCCGGAUACUUGGGCGUUUUCUCCCUCUAUUCAAACUUCACGAGGGAGAAGUUGUACCGGCCGAUGAAGGAGGGCGAGAUUCUGGCUACGCUGCGUCGCGAACUGGAUGUGCGGAAGCCGGCGGAGUGGUAUUGGGACGGCGAUCAUGGACUAGGCUACGUGUGCAAAUACGCAGAGUUCAACCCAUGA